AUUGGUCAUCUCAUACAAUAUCAUGGCCAGAGUUCACAUACUGCUUCUCUUAUCAGCUCUUUCCCAUGUACUGGUUAGUGCAGAUGUUUCCUAUUACAUUGAUUGUGGUUCUACAUCCGGAAGCACAGAUGGUUUUGGUAACAUAUGGCAAAAAGACCCUAUACAGUACGGGGUGACACAGAGUGUGGAAGCUAGCAACGCGGAUUCUGAUCCUGUAAUGGACACUCUCAGAGUGUUCACUAUUGGGAAAAAGAAUUGUUAUGGAUUUGAUGUGACUGAAGGUGAAAGGGUUCUUGUUCGUGCAAGCUUUAAUUAUGGAAAUUAUGACAAGAAGUCAGCUCCACCUGCAUUUGAUCUUCAGUUUGAUGGAAAUUUCUGGACACAAGUUGAGACCUCAAACGAUGAAGUAGUGACGAAAGAAGUUACUUAUGUUGUGAAAAGUAAUGUCUUGAGUGUGUGCGUAGCACAAACUAAGGCUGAUCAGGUUCCUUUUAUGUCAGCUCUUGUGGUUCGUAGCAUGGAUUCAGAUAUUUACAGCAAUGCAGAUUUUGAUUAUGCUUUGCUUCUGCAAAGUAGGGUGGCUUAUGGCGCAGAUGCUGCUAUCAGGUUAUCCGAUGUCUAUGAUCGAACUUGGACUCCUGCUAUUUUAGAGAAAGGACAAACUAGUUUCACAAACAAAUCACUAGAUUUUAUUGUUCCAGUAGAGAGCCCCCCUAUUGAGGUGCUGCAAAACGCAAUCACAACAUCAGACACUCUAGAUAAACUGAUUUUGGCUUCUGGAUUUCCAACUGAUCUUGAUUCUGUGUACAUAAGCAUGUACUUUUCUGAACCAACUGAGGUGACAGAAGCAAGAUCCUUCAGAUUGUUUGUAGACAACCAAGUGGUCUCGGGUUCUGAUAUUGAACCGCCUUAUGAAGACGUAGAGCACCAAAGAGGUAAUCUUGAGGUUUCUUCAAACACCACAUUGUCAUUGAUUGCUAACACGAGCUCAGAGCUUCCGCCUCUCAUUAAUGCCAUGGAACUUUUCUAUGUGAGCAAGGAUCCACUAACAAAUGGAACACAUGCUGAUGAUGUGGAAGCUUUAGCUUCGCUUCUGGAAACAAUUGGUGCUCCUUCGGAUUACAGUGAUCCUUGUCUUCCAGCAAAGUAUACUUGGGACUGGCUCGAAUGCAACGACGAUGCCACACCUCGUGUAACAGCACUGCAUCUUGAUAGUUUUGAACUGACAGGAUCACUUCCAGAUUUAAGUUCCAUGAUUGGUCUCGAAACAAUAGACUUGCAGAAUAAUAGCUUUACUGGAAAUAUUCCGGAUUACCUUGGCACCUUGCCUAACCUUAAAGAACUGAAUUUGGCAGAUAAUCAGCUAAGUGGAAGCAUACCGACAUUACUCUCAGAAAAUAAAAAAAUCAAACUAAAUGUCACAGGCAACCCCGACUUGUGUAAAUCCGGGGAAUCAUGUGAUGAUGGCACGACGACAACUUCUACUACUACCAAUACCAAUACCAAUACGCUAGAUUUCCCAACAAGGAAAUCAUCAUCAUCAUCAUCUGGUAAAAAGAAAAACAAAAAACUUCCAGUCAUUCUUGGCACCACUAUUCCUCUAGCUCUGUUUGGUUCGGCUUUUGUGAGCCUUCUUGCAUGGCUGCGCCACAAGAAGAAGAAGAAAUUAUCUCAGGCCUCAACACACCAUGCUGGUCCAGCUCAAAAUUUUGGAGGAGGAAGCAUUGAUGAAGCGGUAGUGGAUGUGAACUUGGAUCAUGAGCAUGUAGAUGAGGAGUCUGAUGCAAAGCCCCUACACUAAGCUCUUCAAUUUCUCAAAUUCUUUUUCUUGUUUGUUGAAUAUCAAGAAAUAUAAACAUGAAUCUGCUGAUUCUGAUUCUUUUUCACCUGCACUUGUACUUAACUUAGUGUAGUUCUGUACUUUUGCUUAAAUUUGUUUCGAAUGAGAAGAAUGCUUGAAUCUGCAUAUACCAAAAUGUAUGAAAUUAAAACCAUUACAUUUAUAAGGAUGUUAAAUUUUGCAUUA